UCAGCAGCGUGAUGAGACUGAAAUGAGCAGAUGUGAUUUCAAAGGUUCUCCAUGUUGACCUCCUGCCGUCUGACUCUCUGCACCAUGUGUGGAGGUAAAUACCUGUCUCUCCUACAGGCCAUCUGCAGACUUGGAUAAUCCCUGUUACAAGAUUAGAGACGCAGAGAGAGAGACACACAGUCCACUCUGUGUGUGUCUCUGUGAGGGACGUUCAGUUUUCUGCUUUUCAUCUUAAAGGAGGAACAACCAUCUGAAGACGCUGAACCUUUAACCACGACAACAGGAAGGACUUUUCUUCUGUGAUGACGAUGUGACACUUUGUGUGAAAGACGAUAACAGUUUGUGUAUUUGUUGGUCGAGCGAGCUGUAGAGAGAGAGAGAGACAUUAAAAGUUUGAUGUCUUUUUAUCGACGGUGUUUUUAAAGAACUCAGUGCUUUUAAUUUGAAGGACUUUAUUUUAUUUUUAUUACUUUUUGGACUUUUAUUGUGAAGUCUAGUCGGGCUUUUAUUAUGAAGGGUUUCAGAUUUCCUUGGACUUUUAUUGUGAAAGGUGGUUAACGAGUGAUCCUCUCUGAGCUAUGAUUUCAUACGUGGAGUGUUUAGGAGGCGAGGGGGCGGGGCCUGUCGUGGCGUCACGCUGCUGGAACACGCCUCCUGAUGAAGAGCUGGACGAGCUUCUUCCACGUAAGAUCGCCGCCCUGCAGCCCAAGACGGAGGGCAGCCUGCGGCGGCGCCUUCUCAGCGCCAAAGUCCUCCAACAUCAUGACGCCAUCCGGAUUCACACAGGUGACAAGAAGCCCCUCCCACCUCACCUGCAGUAUCCAGGCAACAGCCCCUGGUACCUCCGCCAGCACCUCCCCCCCGGACCGCACAUCCACCCUUCUUUUGCCCCAGAGGCUCAUGGGAAAUUUUUCUUUGCUCCAGAAGCUUAUGGCAAACCAAACCUCCACCCGCCCCCCCUUCAGCGCCCCGCCUGCCCGGUCCUCUCCCAGCGCUACAGAACAAGUUCAGGCCCACCGACCCCAGAGCCCCGCCCCGGCUACACCCUGCCUGGCCCCUCCCCUUUCAGCGCCCAGCACCUCAUUGGAGAGCCAGAGGUGCCCCCGCAGUACCGCUACAAGCCCAGCAGGAGGCGCAAGACGGGCUUCUUCCGCUUCAGACUUUGCAGAGGAAGGAGCUCUGGGCGGGAAGCCACACAGACCACACCCCUCCUGUGUAAAGCAGGGGACGGGGACAGGAAGUGGUCUGUCCACUACACUACCCAGAAGCCCCAGCAGGGUCUGCUCUUCAUCCCCGGGAAAAGACGUUCAGGCAGCGCUGAUGAUCUGAAAGCAUGUAACGAGCUGACUCAGCAUGGACGACCCAGCAGCUGUCAGCCCCGCCCACAUAGUCCAUCCUCCUCUGGGCUCCACCAAUCAGAGGGCAGCACAACCCGCAGACGCUGGAAGGACAGAAGUCGGAAAAUGAGGUCCAGCUUUGUGGACUUGUUCUCUCAGUCUUGCUUUGCAGUCUGUUUCAGGUGUUCAGUCUGGAGGAGGAAGUCCUCAGCUUUCUCCGAUGAAGACGAAAGGAUCAUCUUGAACAACACGCGACCCAUGACUCCCCUGGUCCUGAACCCGGUCCACGGCACCUCCUCCUGGGACCUCUUCGCCCCGGCCUAUGAGCCGACAGUCCACAUGGAGAUCCAGCCCAAGUCCCGGCUCCCGACCCCCGAGGAGAAGAUGAGGAGGCAGGCUGAGACCGUCCCAGCUGACAUCAUCCCCAUCAAUAUCACAGGAGAGAGUUUUGAUCGUCAGGCCAGUUUUAGAAGAACAGCUGGUAACACGGACUCGGGGUCUCUGCGACCUCGUAACCCGGGUCGACGUAAGACAGUCUCUGGGAUCCCUGAAGGUUCUGGACCAAACUCUGCCUCACCGGACUCUCGUCUGGUUUCUCCGGUUCUCCCGGGUCAGUUCUCCACUGUAGGUCGAUCCGCCCCCUCCCCCUCCUCCUGCACCACCGCACACCAGGAGACAUCCAGGGAGGAGAGAAGGAUCCGAGCCCCAAGAGGAGAGGGGAUGUCCAGCCUCAUGGCCUCGCUGACCGCCUCACCACUGGUCAGCUCUCGUCAGGACCACACACCCCCCUCCCCCUCAGAGUUCCACACCCCCCCCUCCCUCUCAGAGUUCCACACCCCCCCCUCCCCCUCAGAGUUCCACAGCCUCCCACGCCUGCCGACCACCUCCUCUCUGACCUCCCAGGCCAGCUGUAACAGCGCCUCCUACAGGACGCUCAGCGCCUCCUCAUCCUGCUGCCAGUCACAGGAUCUACAGGGUUUCCCCAGUGACCUCCAGCCCCUGCUGCCCUAUGACCACACGGUCUCACAGUCUCCUUCCUCCUCGUCUUUACCUUCCUCCCCCGUCUCCUCCUCCCUCAAACACCGCCUGCCCUCCUCCCACUAUCUGUCCUCCUCCACCCUGCACGAUUCUGAGUGCUCCUAUGAUGGUGGCUCCUAUCGGGCGCUCUCCCCCAGCUCCAGUGUCCAAAGUGGGCGGAGUCAGGGGGACUGGGGCGGCGCCACCCCGGAGACGAGAUAUGUUUCUGGAGACGGUUGGAGCUGUGAUCACGCGCUCUCGUCCGGUCGCUCUUCACCGUCUCAGGCUGACAGCAGCUCUGUGUGUUCAAUAAGCUCCUCCCCUUCACUGACUCGCUACAAAAGGAAGUCUAGCUCCGCCUCCUCCUACUCACGCACGUCCACCUGCAGCAUCUCUCUGCGCAAGUCAAAGCGUCCCCCCGCUCCACCGCUACGAUCGGACUCUCUGAGGCGGCGCCCGGGUCGUAGCAAACCUCCGCGCUCCUCCUGCAGUCCCCGUGCUGAGGGGGGUCCCCGUGCUGAGGGGGGUCCCCGUGCUGAGGGGGGUCCCCGUCCUGAGGGGAGUCCCCAUCCUGAGGUGGGUCCCCAUGCUGAGGGGGGUCCCCGUCCUGAGGGGGGUCCCCGUCUUGAGAAGAACCCCACAGCAGCCGGGUCUCCUCCCAGCUUCAGUGACCCCUGGGUGCCUCGGAGCACCAGGAGGCGUCAGAGUGGGCUGACCUGUGGGAGCGUCACCUCCUUUGAACCUCUGAUCCUGGACCACCAGACCGCACCCUCCACUGGGGGGUCCCACACCCCCCCCUCAGAGAAGGAGGUGCAGCCCUCUCUGCAUUGUCUCACCUCUCCUUCCAGUGGAUACUCCAGCCAGUCCAACACCCCCACUCCUGGUACCCCCGUGUCCUCCCCCCUUUCUCCAUCCUCCCCUCUCAAUGGUGAAGGGCGACCAAAACCCCCCGUACCAGAGCGUAAGUCCUCUCUCUUCUCCUCCCCCUCCUCCUCUUUUUCCUCCACCUCCUCCCUCUCUUCAUGCACCUCCUCAGAAACCGCUGCCAAACAUCAGCUACCUCCUCCUCCUCCUCCUCCUCCUCCUCUCCCAGAAUGCUCCUCUCCUUCUUCUGUCUUCUUCUCCCCCUAUCGUGAGUCCCCUCCUCCUCCUCCUCCUCCUCCUCCUCUGGCUCCUCCCCUCCCUCGUCCCUUCCAGACUCCUCCCCUUCCUUUCUUCAAACCCUCUGCUGCUCCUUCUCUUCCUCCUCCCCCUCCUCCUCCCCCUCCUCCUCCUCCUCCUCUCCCACCUAAAUCCCUCCCCACUCCUCCUCCUCUUCCUCGGGUAUGUUAUCGACCUCCUCCUCCUCCGUACUCCUACGCCAUCAGACAGAGUUCCCAUCAUGCCCUGCUGUCAUCCAUGACAUCAUCACCUUCCCAGCCUCCUCUGACUCCACCUCCUAUCAGGUCAGACAUUCCAGAUGUUUCUCCUCCCCCCCCCUCUCUGCCUCCUCCCCCUGCGUCUCCCCUCUGCGGCGGCGGUGUCAGAGCGGCCACGCCCCCUGCGUCUCCCCUGUGCGGCGGCGGUGUCAGAGCGGCCACGCCCCCUGUGUCUUCCCUCUGCAGCGGCGGUGUCAGAGCGACCACGCCCCCCUGCCCGCUGGUCACCACCCAGGCCUUGCAGGGCGUAAAGCUGCGCUCCAUUAAGAGUCAGGAGGUCCUGCUGACCUGCACCGUGUUAGCUGAUGAUGCUACAUCAGCUACACUCAAGCAGACUGACACAGUGUCAGCUAACGCUAACCAUGCUAACAGCGUCCAUGUUGUACCAGACGGUGCUGAGCGACGUGAAGCUGAGCGACGUGAAGCUGAGCGACGUGAAGCUGAACUCGAUGAAACCUCUGAUGUCUGUGAUCCAGGAAGUAACAGAACUAAACCUGAGCAGGAUUACUACAAUCUGACAAACAACCAGGAACCGUAUCUUCAAGACCUUCAGGGCUACGCUGAUCAGAGACGCUCGGGGGUUAAGCUAACCAGUGAGGAAGAAGAGAGGGGGGUCUCCAGUCCUGAUGGUCCCUGGGUCAGAAGGUGUGAAGAAACCUUCACAAUCCAACAUGUGGUUCUGCAUCAACAACAGGAGUCUGAGUCUGCACAGAGAGCAGGAUCCUCUGUGGAGUCGUCCUACUGGACCCUCUGUGGAACCGGACCCAGAGGAACCAGAACCCUGAAAGAGAAGAAGAGUCCAGACCUGCAGGAGGAUGAACUGAACAACAGGAAGACAGUCAGCUCACCUGAGAAGCCCACCCUGCCCAAGAAGCCCCAUCUCUGCGUCCUGAGUCUGAUGGCGUCCCCCGAGGCCGGAAGGGGAACAGCCGACCAAUCACAGCCUCCCACUGACUCAGUGAGCACAAAUCAAAGCACCCGUAGAGUCGAGAAAAUGACCUCACCGCCUCACUCAGUGAAGGCCUCUGAUUGGCCGGUAGACCCCACAUCAUCUGACUCACCUCAGAGACUCAAACCCAGAAUACACAAGAAGCCGGAUCUGUCUUUGAGUUCACCCAAAACCACCAAACCUCUUCUCAGAGAGAUCUCUGAGGGGUCACAGAGACCAUCAGGGAUCAUGGAGACUACUGAGGACCUGCUCAGUGGUUCCAGGGGUACCUCAGAGUGUUGGGACUCCAUGCAGACCAGGAGCACCCGAGGAACCAUGGGCGCCUAUGGGGACUAUGGCAGGGUGUGGCCUAACACCAUGGAAGAGAGCUGGGGGACCUCAGGAACCGGGGGAACCUUGGAGAACUCACAUGGAGCAGCAGAGUCCUCCAUCAGGACCAGUCUCCAUCAGGAGAGGACGAUGAUGAUGAUGAUGAGGUCCUGGCUGGAUGAAGAUGAAGACCAAGCUGUGAGGGGGGACAUGAUGAUGUCAUCAACCUCCAGGAAAAAAGACAAAACAAGAAAGAGGAGGAAGAGAGGAGUCGGCAAGCAGCUGCUGAUCAUGACAUCAUCGAUCCACUCUUCAUCAUCAUCAUCCUCCUCCUCCUCCUCCUCGUCCUCGUCCUCAUCUGGAGAUGAACGGGAAGUGACAUCAACGCCGGCGAGACAGACGACGGGGAAGACAAAAAAAUGUGACAAAGUCAGAAGUGACUCUGAAAGAACGAGCUGCCCUCUGAUUGGACACAAAAAGUUCUCACUGCAAAGUGCCCCGUCCACUGACGGCCUGCAGGGGGAGCUUUACCUUCCAGAGCUUCUUAUAGAGGAACCAGAGGACGAGCGAGAGAGAGAGAGGCCCAAGGAGAGAGCUGAGCUGAUGAAGGAUGGAGGAAGUCAGGAUGCUGAUCUGUUUGUCAGAGUGUCAGCUGAUCAGAUGUUAGCCUCCGCUCGACCUCGACCCACAGACGAUCUGUUUGCUGUCAUCCACAGGUCUAAAAGAAAGAUGUUUGGAAGAAAGGGAUCAGAAGAUGACAGAAAACGCGUCUCAUCUUCGUCCUCGUCUUCUUCCUCCUCCUCUCUGUCGUCCCCCACUGACCCCCUCCCCUGCGUGAUGCGACCUUCAGCCAUCAGAGGUCAAAGGUCAGAGAGGAGUGAGAGUUUUAAGGCCCUCCUGCUGAGGAAGGGGAGCCGCUCUGAGUCAACGUCUCGACUGUCAGCCGCCGAGAGGCUCCGAGUGGCAGCUUCUUCAUCCACAGGUGACCUCAGGAGUGUGAUGUCACUGGCCCCGCCCCCUCACCCUCCACAUGACGACCCAAACACCCACCUGACUAUGGACGUCCCCGUGUCUCCGAGCAGUCAGAACUUGUCUGUGAUGGUCAGAUGGAAUCACCUCCUCCUAAACUCCGCCUCCUCUCCAUUCUUCUUCCUCUCCUCCUCGUCUUUACGUCCUCACUCCACCACUCCUCCCUGCUCCUCCAGCCGACGCUUCUCCGCCCGCGGCCGCCUGUACGCCGCCCCCAUGACGGCCAUCUUUGAAGAGGGCAGUGAGGAGGAGGAGGGAGGGGACGAGGUCUUUCUGGAGUCUCCCUCAGGAGGCGACUUGGUGGAGACUUGGUGAUGAAGUCGUCUGCCUCACUGAACCAUCUGAUUGGACGAAGCACACCUGGCUGCUCUAUAACAGAAGAGGAAGUACAGCAGCCUGGAGGGGACAUUACUCCUGACGCUGAACGUUCUUUGAUCUUUGCUUGAUAAGAGUUUUCUAAAUAAUGCACGAGGAACACGUUUCUAUUCUUUUCUUACUUCAGAAUGUUUAAAUGUUCUAAUAUCAUCCUGGUGUUUCAAGUU